AGUUUGCACUUUACUUUAUCGAACACAAUAUUUCGGUUGAGCAGGUCGGGUCGGUCUCAUAGUCUCAUUUUGCCUCCACUUACUAAAAUUCCAAUUAUGCUCACCAUCACAACUUUGUCAUUGUUCAUUCUGUUCUCAACCUGUGGGGGGAUUUCUUUUGAGGAGGAUCUAACAAUUUCCAUAAAGGAGAAAAAUGCAUUGGAUGAGCUCAGGGACAGAGUUUUACCCGAACUUACGCAUGACUACAUGAAAAAAGAUAUUUUUCUUGUUCGCUGGUUAAGAGCUCGCAACUUUGAUGUUGAUGCAGCAGAAAAGAUGUUACUGAAGUCUCUUAAGUGGCGCAACACAAAUUCUAUCGACAGUAUUGGCACUGAAGAUUGGUCUCUGUUUGAACGAAAUUUUCCUUACUCGGUGGAUUCAGUCAAUAAAAAAGGGCAACCCUUGCUCAUCAUCUCGCCCAGUACGCCUUGGGAUAUAAGGUCCAUUCUCCUGACAAAGGACGGCCCUCGUCUGACUAGAUGGAUGAUCAAAAUGCUCGAGGACGCGACGGCGAGGAUUCGUGAGGAACAGUCGGCAGGCAGAAAUGUUACUCGAUUCAGUAUGGUGAAUACCCUGGAGAACUUCAACUUGGUUGAGUCUGGCUGUUUGAGAUGUCUUUCUGUAUUCACGGCAUUUACUAAUAACUACGAGGAACAUUAUCCACAAACGAUGGAUCAGAUGGUCCUGGUUAACACUCCCGAUAUCUUUGAUGGCGUUUUGCGCUUGAUUCGUCCUCUCCUCUCACCUUCUACAAGACAAUCUCUUAAAAUAAUGGGUGGCAACAAGUCCAAAUGGCAAUCACAGCUUUUGAACGAAGUAGACGCGGAUCAGCUACCCAUAGAUUUGGGUGGAAAUAAGCCAGACGACUUUUAAUGUAUUAUGGUAAUAAAGUUCGUCGGAAUACUAAUAAAAAGAAACCUUAUGCGUUUGAUAACUGCA